UAGUACUUUUUAAUAACUGUUACCGACAUGGUUGGUUAUAAAUAUAUAUGCAUUAGUUUAGUAUAGUUUAGUUUAAGUUUCCUUUUCAUCAUCAACACUUUACCGUACAACUACUACUACAUACAUACAUAUACACCUUUCUUAUAUUUACUCUCAUUUUCACUCUUAUUCAACAUCACUGGUUUUGUUUAGGUUUCGUGCUGCUGUUCACACUUUACAACAACAACAACAAAAAUGCAGUCAAGUCCUUUGCUUCUUCAGGAGCCUAUUAGGAUGGCUUCCAUCCUAGAGCCAUCCAAACCUACUUUCUUUCCAGCUAUGACUAAAAUUGUAGGCACACUUGGUCCAAAUUCGCGAUCGGUUGAUACAAUUACCCGAUGCCUCGAUGCAGGAAUGUCUGUCGCGAGGUUUGACUUCUCAUGGGGUGAUUCAGAAUACCACCAAGAGACAUUGGAAAAUUUAAGGGCUGCCAUCAAAACCACACAAAAACUCUGCGCGGUUAUGCUAGAUAUUGUGGGUCCAGAGUUACAAGUUGUGAAUAAAACCGAUCACCCGAUUACCCUCGAAGCAGGCACAUUACUUGUCUUAACUCCGGAUCAGAACAAAGAAGCUACUUCAAAUCUACUACCAGUAAAUUAUAGCGGGCUAUCAAAGGCUGUGAAGAAGGGUGAUACUAUUUUUAUCGGUAAAUAUUUGUUUACCGGAAGUGAAACAACGUCUGUAUGGCUGGAGGUCAGUGAGGUGAAUGGGGAUGAAGUAACUUGUCUCAUAAAGAACGACGCUACACUUUCUGGCUCAUUGUAUACUCUACAUGUCUCUCAGAUUCGUAUUGAUCUUCCUACUCUUACCGAUAAGGAUAAAGAGGUAAUACGCACGUGGGGUGUUCAAAACAAAAUAGACUUCCUUGCGUUGUACACCCGGCACGCUGAAGAUGUUCGCCAUGCCCGUGAAUUUAUCUCCAAAUUCGAAAACCUCAAGCAGACGCAUAUUUUUGCAAAGAUUGAAAAUAUAGAGGGAUUGAACCAUUUUAAUGAAAUAUUGAGUGAAGCGGAUGGCAUCAUUGUCUCUCGUGGAAAUUUAGGGAUAGAUCUCCCGCCUGAGAAGGUGUUUUUGUUCCAAAAAGCGGCUAUUUUUAAGUGUAACAUGGCGGGAAAGCCAGUUGUUGUCACGCGUGUGGUGGAUUCUAUGACUAAUAACCUGAGACCUACUCGAGCUGAAGCAACCGAUGUUGCCAAUGCAGUGUUGGAUGGAAGUGAUGCAAUUCUCCUUGGAGCUGAGACCCUUAUUGGAUUAUACCCUGUGGAAACCAUUUCUACAGUUGGAAAAAUUUGCGCCGAAGCUGAGAAAGUUUACAAUCAAGACUUGUUUUUUAAGAAGACUGUCAAAUAUGUGGGAGAGCCAAUGAGCCACCUAGAAUCAAUAGCUUCCUCUGCGGUUCGAGCAGCCGUCAAGGUUAAGGCGUCUGUUAUCAUUUGCUUCACCUCAUCCGGAAGGGCUGCAAGGUUGCUUGCUAAGUACAGACCAACCAUGCCUGUGAUAUCUGUUGUCAUUCCUCAAUUGAAGACAAACCAACUACGAUGGACAUUCACCGGCGCUUUUCAGGCUAGGCAAUCGCUUAUUGUGAGAGGACUUUUCCCUAUGUUGGCAGAUCCUCGACACCCCACUGAGUUUAAUGCGGGAACGAAUGAGUCGAUUUUGAAGAUUGCUUUAGACCAUGGCAAGGCUUUUGGCGUCAUAAAGCCACAUGAUCGAGUCGUUGUUUGCCAGAAAGUUGGUGAUUCGUCAGUUGUGAAGAUUAUUGAGCUUGAAGAUUAGAAAUUGUUUCAUUUCAAGAAUGCAUAAUAAAACUCAGUUGACACACUAUAGAGUGAUUUCCUUCAUUUUGCUAGUUUGAGUCAUGUAACUGAGUUCUACUAGUUGUUUAGUGAUAAAAUGAGUGUGCACCUUCUCCUUUGAUAUUUGUUUGUUUUAAGAGGUAACUAUAGUUUUGAACAAUAAUGGUAUUGUAAUAAUAAUAAUGAAAUCAAUUUUGUUCCUAA